UGUUGUCUCACUUCCCCCCAGUCUCGGGGGACUCUCAUGAAGCGCUGUGUAAACAUCCUGUUCUCUCCUCCAGACGUGGUUUGAGAAGAACUGUCUGUCGGAGGACUGCGCCGCCGACCUCAGGCUCCAUGGGAAACUGCUGCUGUCUGGGGCUCACGUCAUGCCUCAUCUGGCUCUGGGAGGAGUGCGAAACGUCUCUCUCAAUCUGACCAUCUCCAACGCCGGCGACGACGCCUACGACACCAACAUCUUCCUCAACUUCUCCACGGAAGUCCAUUACAUCAACUUCUGGCAGCGGGAAGAGAAGGGCAUUUCCUGUGGACUUGUUGAGCUGGACUUCCUCAAGUGCAGUGUGGGAUUUCCCUUCAUGAGGGCCCAGACCAAGUAUCACCUUGCCGUCCUUUUUGACACAAGUCACCUCUCUGGAGAAAGUGAGACCUUGCAGUUUUUAGUUCACACAAGGAGUGCAAAUCCAGAGCACGAGAGCACACUCUUUGACAACACUCUAGAGAUAUCCAUCCCGCUGGUGCACGAGGUCGACACCACCAUUACCGGUGUGGUUUCCCCCAAAUCUUUUGUGUAUGGAAACUCCAUCGACGCGUCUCGCUUCGUCCAGUUAGAGGAUAUGGAGUGCAACUUUCAGCCACUUAACUUCACGUUCCAGGUUGUGAACAACGGCCCGAGUGGACUGCCUGGGUCCGUCGUCCACAUCAGGAUCCCCAACCGGUUGGCGGGUAAUGGGGCUGACAUGUUCCAUAUCACGGACACUCAGGUGGGCGACGCUCGAGGAAACUGCACCCCACACCGGAACCCCGCCCCCUGCACCAUCCCCCAGGACCGGGAGAACAUCUUCCACACCAUCUUCGCCUUCUUCACCAAGUCAGGAAGGAGAGUCCUGGACUGUGACCGGCCCGGACGAGCGUGUCUUGUGAUCUCGUGCACCCUGGGCUCACAGGCCAAGGAGGAGGCUGUUAGCAUAGAUGUGCACAUGCUACUGAACACAGAGAUACUGAAGAGGGACAGCUCUUCUGUGAUCCAGUUCGUGACCCGAGGGAAUGUUCGUGUGGAUGACAGGGCCAUUGAAGUAGCCCACGGCCAACCAGAAGAGAUAUCACUGAUGUUCGAGGCGCUUCACAGUCAGGAGCCAAGAGGCUACGUGGUCGGCUGGAUCAUCGCCAUCAGCCUCCUGGUCGGGAUCCUCAUCUUCCUCCUGCUCGCCGUGCUGCUGUGGAAGAUGGGCUUUUUCCGCCGCCGCUACCGAGAGAUCAUAGAGGCCGAGAAGAGCAGGAAGGACAGCGACGAGAGCUGGGACUGGGUGCAGAAGAGCCAAUGAUCAGCGGGUGCAGGAGGAUUACAAUGAAAGCCAAUGAGCUCGAGCAUUGGACUGCAAACGAUCCAAUGAGCUGCUGCCUUUGCCUCGGCCAAUCCUGUGCGC